UUGCUUCUCACAAUACCGAAUUUCGAUGGCCCAACAUUAUAGCAAUAAUGGUGUUGCCUGGAAAAUGAUCAUUGCGUUUGAUGUGAUUGCAGAAAUCCUUACCUUUGGACUUAUGGGGAUAUCAAAUGUGGUGGGAGCAAAGGUGGCCUGUGGUUUUUGCAUUUGGGACGAGAACCCCCAUUAUGGUAUCCACUGUGCCUGUCUGAAGCCGUUUUUUAUUGUAUUCAACACAGAAUGGGGCCAGGGCAUCACAAACCGCAACCGCCAAAACUCGGAUUUCACACCCACUGGAAAGAGCGCAUCGAUCAACCAAUCUCACGUCUACUCAAUGAACUGUGGAGAAUUGGACGAGGUUGAUCUAACUCUAACCAUUUCCCAACUAUCACAGGAUAGCCAACUUCUGAUUAUUCACCAGACACGGGAAUAG